UAGUCAUCAUUUUUAUUGCUUUUGGGAGUGUAUCUUGCCAUUACCUUAAUGACAUGUUGGACGAGUUUAGAAGGAAGAGAUAUGACGAAACUGAUGAAAACAAUGAAAUUGAAAAUGACUCUACAAACUCCAUUGAUAUUGCUACAAUCAAUGGAAAACUCAAAAAGAAGCCAGUCGGACAACGUAGGUGCAAAAGAUCAAUGUUUGAUAAAAAAGUAACUUAGAUCAUAUUCGUAAGAAUCUUUAUUAACUGAAAUAUUGUUUUGUAACCUAAAACUUUUGUUUUUAUAACCACAACGUUCAUAAGAAAAUCAAGGCUUAAAUUUACUAAAAAUAAGCAUAUGGGAAGCUCAAUGACAGGUUUUCGCAAGAUUUAAAGGCUAUAUCUGGGAAGUUUUGUUGAAAAUACACAAUUUCACAGUCCACAGGAGAUGAUUGUGCAAAGGAAAAACGUGCUUUUAACUUCCAAAUUGAUCUUUUUUUAAUUUUCAUAUUGUAAGCACAUUUUUGACCUAAAUACAAAAGUUCAUUAAGCAUACUCGAGCGUGUCUUUAAAUUCCCAAUCCGGCUUAUCAAAAAGUAAUAAUCUCUUUUUACUGUUUGUGAUUUAGAUAAGGGAGAUCAUCUCGCUCAUGAAGACAUUAUGUUCCAAAAAGGCGAAGAAGAAGCCGUAUUCGGAACAAAAUCGUCCAGAGACGAAGAAUCAUCUGAGGGAGCUGCAAAAGACGCAAUAGUAGAAACUCAUAAGAGAUGGACAUUGCCUGUUCCAUAUCAAAUCGAUGGAAGUUUAGGUAGGACUUAUUUGUGAACAUUCAAGAUCUUAAAAUUAUGUUUUAACUAAAACUGAUAGUAUUUGUAGCAAUAUAUUUUCUUCUUAGGCUCAACGGCAAGGUCUGCGAUUUCAAGCGCCAUUUCUGAUUACGGUUCAAAAACGUGCAUUACUUUUCGCCCUAGAAGAUCUGGAGACACUAGCUACUUGUCAUUUUUUAAAGGGGACGGGUAAGUUAUCCAAAAAGUCUUUUGUACGAAGUCGUUUUAUACAACGUGAAAAAUAGUAAAUCAAGGCAUGCAUCAUAUUGUAGCAAUAAGUAAUUGUCAAAUAAAAUGAAAUUCUAAAGUUAGAAUUUUUAGAGAAAAUAAAAAAAUUAUUCCAAAAAUUAACUUAAUUAACGGUACAGAACUUUCCUAAUUAUUUUGGAGGUUGUAUAUUAAAAAAUGAUAGUGAGAUGUGUUUGUUGUAUAAGAUAAUUUUGUAAUGAAAUUAGAACUUAAUUUUUUCAUGUUUACUGUAUCAGAUGUUGGAGUUAUGUUGGUCGAAAAGGAGGGGAACAACAAGUGUCUUUGGGUUCAGGAUGCGAGCACAAAGCCACGGCUAUCCACGAGGCGAGUGCUGCUAUUAUCAUUAGUUAUUGCGUUUACAAACAGACAUGAAUUAUAAACAGUACCUCUCUCAUUUAGAUCAUGCACGCUUUAGGCUUCUGGCAUGAACAAUCAAGAACAGAUCGGGAUAACUACGUUCAAAUCCUCCUCCACAACAUCCAACAGGGUUAAUAUAUUUUGAAUUUUACUUAUAGUCAAUCGUUCAUAUCAUGUUGUGUGUUCUUUACAUUUGAUACAAAUUUGAUAUUUUUUUAUUUAUUUUGAGUAGGGCAAACGUAUAAUUUUGAUAAGAUAUUAUCAAAAGAUGCCACGACAUUUGGAUUUCCUUACGAUUACCGAUCAAUUAUGCAUUAUACAAAGUUAGUCAUUUACUUAUUUUUUUUUUAUCCUUGUAUAUAAAACCUAAUUACUUGCUUCUAUUUAACUUGAAAUUAUCUGGUACAGGUUCGCAUUUGGAAAAAUUGUAAAUAAUCAGCAACUGCAAACCAUUGUAGCAAGAAACAAUCCAAAUCAGCAAUUUGGUCAAUGCUCAAGGUGUGGAAUGUCCCAGAUAGAUGCGGAUCAACUAAAUGCUAUGUACUGUCGCGGUACCCCUCAAUCUGAAAUCAAUAGAUACACAGUAAUAUCUCAGAUGUCUAAUAUAGUGGCUAGUCAUGCAGGACAAUCAAAUGAUAAUCUCAGAAAUGCCAUAAUGAAUUUCAUGAUGAGAACUUACCCAAAUUACAAUUUUUUGGUAAAUGUUUAUAAUGUCGUAUCUGAUUACUCCGCACAGUCUUUUAUUGGCCAAUGUGCUCACAUCUUCAAUUCCCAUAACAAGAAUUUCGUGGUUUGUUAUGCAAAGAAAACAUCUAGAGUUCCAUCGUUGUCCACACAAUCUCACAUUGUUUCAGCUGCUUUGGCUAGCAUUACUAACAAGAACUGUGAUGCCUCAUGGGCAACAAAUACAGCACGAAAUAGAGCAAUAUCGUUUGGAUAUCCAAUCGCUGGUAUUUUAGUUGUGAGAUUCGGUGCUAGCUUGAGAACAUCCUGGAAUGGUCCAAGCUAUAUGAGGCAUUAUAAAUGUUCCAAUAAUGUCGAUUCAAAUUUUGUGAUAAUGUUUGGAUAGAUAUAUUGAAGAGAGUGUUUGCAUUUUGUAGACCUCUUAAUUCUAUCUAAUUUUUUUUGUAAUAGCAUGUUAGCUUUGGUGCUAGCUUACGAACAUUCUAGCAUGGACUAGGUUACCUUAUUAUUUAUAGUCUUACUAUAACGACGAAUUAAGAUUUGUGAUGACGCUUGGAUAAACAUGUUGUGUCUAGGGUUUGAACUUUAUAAUAGUUUUAUAGGAGGAAAAAUGCACCGCUACAUGCAAUGUUAUUUUUCUUUUUUAAAAAAAAUGCAUAGUGCAUGGGUUUAUAUUGUAUUAAUCUAUCUAUCUGUAGAAAUGAUGUAACUAUUUUUUGUAUUCUUUGUAAUCUGUAACUUGCACUGAUUAUAUGCAAAGCAAGCCAGUUUUUCUUAAAUAUAUCAAUUUAUACGUUGACAGUUAAACACAAAAAAUUGUCUUUUUACCUAUGGUCUUUAUGCAAUGUAUUUAAUUAAUUACACCCCACCCCUGCGUUUUUCUUAUAUAUAUACGUUUCUUUCGAAGAAAUGAAAUUGAUUGCGGGGGUUCGGAUUAAAGUGGUAGCGAAGCCAUUUUGAAAAAACUAUUCGUUGGGAAAAGUCAAUUAUAAGCACCAAAAUGUAGUCCUAAUAAAAUAUUUAAUACUUCAUAUUGGGUUCUUUUCACCAAGUUUCUUUGAAA